AUGAAUAUCAUUUCCGUGAAUAUGAAUACAUCUCACUGGAGUGUCGCUCGUUGGGUUUUGACCGUUUUCUGGAUUUUCGCCUAUUUGCAGCGAUCGGGUAAAUUUAGCUAAUUUUCAAAGUAAUCUUCGUUCAUUUUUAAGUGAAUAACGCCUUCAUUGUCGAUGGUAGUAGUGGCACAUCAAAUAACUCAUUUUUUUUCUCCCCAGACGCAAUCCGUUGGACAAGACAGCCUGAGAAACCAACAAUCCUGGUUGAAGGAGUAAACAACACUGGUGCGGCACUUGUCUGGGAUUUUGAGGUUGAAUUAAGCGAAACUGUUCAAAGGGUCACAUUUCUAAGGCAAAGGGAUGUUGCUGAUUCACCAGCAGUUAUUGCAAUCCGCACCUUCUCAACAGCGUUCACUCUUUUUCCGCAAUUUAUUUCAAACUACAGUGCGAGACUUCCAGCUACACUGAUACUGAGAAAUGCCGUGACCAGCGACGAAGACUUCAUCUAUUCUAUCGAGGUAUCUCUCCUCAGAAAUAAUAUCCCUGUGCCAAGUUUUAAAGAUAGAGUGCAAGUUAUAGUCCAAGGUAAGCAUCAAAAGGCCCCUUCUCUUCGCUGUUCACCUGUAUUUCAGUUAUUUCCAGAAAAUCCACGCUCAUUUACUAGGCACAGUGAAACCUCGAUAUAACGAAGUCUCGCUAUGGCAAACAAAUUUUGCCAGUCGCUUGGCACUUCGUUAUAUCGAGGUUCCACUGUGUUAAACCUAAAGCUCCCGUCUUAAUACUCUGUCUUUCAUAAAGUUCAUUGUGCCUCAAUUCAUUUCACCUCUCUAGAGAAGGGCGUAUCCCCGGCUCAAACUUUCGGUUACUCGGGUGGUCCUGUGUGUGAGAGGCAUCUAAAACAAAGCAUACUCGUCUCAAUCAUGACCCUCCUCUGGGAUGCGUAACCCGUGUUAGUCAGUGCAGCCACGGUUUUAAAUAAGGCAGUUAUUCGAAAAAGCGCGGCAGCGCUCAUAAGGUACUGUUUUCGGAGGAUUAUUUAUAGGCGGUGCUGUAUGUAGGACUACCCAGUCUGAAUACCAAACAACAAGUAAUAGUUAUUUCUUUUCCUUUGUUCAAAAUGAUAAGAAUAGCAUUAAAAAUGAUCGAAAAUUUAAUAUAAUUAACAAUUAUUCGCCAAAGGCGAAGUUAAUAUUGUUGAAUAAUCCCCGAGAUUAACAGUAAUCCCCGAGUAAAAAUUCACCGACUGUUUAAUAUAAUUAACAAUUAUUCGCCAAAGGCGAAGUUAAUGUUGUUGAAUAAUCCCCGAGAUUAACAGUAAUCCCCGAGUAAAAAUUCACCGACUGUUAUAUAAUUCAGGCAAAUUGGUGCUAGCCUGCGUAGUAGGCGUUGAAAGGGGUAGGGGAUAGGGACACAGCCUUUAGCCCGCCACGCAGGCUAAUUGGUGCCUAAAAAAGGCACGUUGAUUUUGAGUUGUGACUGAUUUAUUUCUUUGAUUCUUUGUGUUCUUUGUAUUUUGCUAAAUUCCGCCAUAUUGUGCCAUACCACAAGUCUUAACACUUCAUGCUAUUGCGAAAAUUCAUUCCUUCUUUUCCACUCGGCGGAAUCGUUUUACUUUUUAGUAAUUUAUAAUAAUACCAGUGCCCCUGUAAUUUGCGCUUGAGUAUUUUUCGUCCCUUUUGAUUUAUUUCGGCUCUAUUUGAAGGCUUUUCGUGCCACACUAGUAACAAGCACUUACGAGCUGAAAGUCUGAUAUCAAUAUUCAGGACACUGAGAUAACUCCCUUUAAAAGUGAAAUAUAUAGCUAUCUAACUUUGAUCUAAUAACCACAUGAAUUUACUCACGUCUCACCACUACGAAUUGCGAAACAUUUGCUCCAGGUCAUAAACACUUAGUUCUUCAUCAAAGCAAGAAAAAAUAUCAAGAUAGUGACCAAUACAGUGUAAAAGCACUUUGUACGAAAGUGCCGGUAAGACAACAAGGAUACUAAUUCGGUAAUGAUAAAAUAUUUUUAUCAGUUAAAACAAAAGAAUAUUUUUCAUAAAAUAGCUGUGUACCCUUUUAAGUACCGAUUCUGAUACGUUUUCAGAACGUAGUUGAUAGGUUUUUGGGGUGACACCAGCUGGAAAAGCCUUUGCAUGCAGGUUGAGAGUCUGAUAUCACACCGUAGCAAUGUUCACUAAACCAAGACGUUCCUUGAUGAUUAUAUUAGUCAUUUCCGUACCGAAAAAAAAAACAGGUUCCAUCAGUGCUUGCCAAGAACAGCUAAGCGAUAAACCCACUUACACCCUUAGCAGAAUAUUGAAUCACUGGAAGCUCUCCGGUAGACAUAUAUGAUAUCAUUUUGAACGUGCACGGCUGCUUUCGUGAUCAGUCAGCUUAGAAUGAUGAGCCUACAAGUUUUUCUGCUACUGCUUUUAUCCCAAUGGGCUGCCUUAUUCCAAGGUAAGUGCUUCUAUAUUGUGUUGAAAACUGUUUUUCUUCAGCUGACCAUAUAUCAAAGUAUGGUGUUUUUAAGACGCGAUCUUGAAAGGUUGGUAAGCAAGCGUGAAAUUCAUUAAAGCGUUUGUAUGAGAAUCCUAAUACUUUUUGUGAAGGUCUACUCUGGCUCCAGAGGUCCGUUCUCGGAAUAACUAGGAUGGAAUAAACCGUGCUCACGGUUAACGGACCUUUGGUCACGAAACAAGCAGCCUCACUUCCAUGCGAGAAAUCAGCUCAGAAUCCAGUCAAAACUGGGUGUCGCCGCUAACUAACGGAAAUCGCAUACUUAAACUACUAAAAAAGGCCAUUUUUCAGACAAAAUUUGAGGGUCGAACUUGCUCUAGAAUCGCUUCUUUAAAUAUCUUUGCAAAAAAUAAAAAGUUAAAACGUUAUCUACGUUCACUGGUGGUCUAAAACCACAGGAACAAAGAAAAAUGGCUGGUUAAGAGUAGUAAAACUUAAUUGGCUAACACAAACACUGUUAGAGCCGGUAGUGUGUGUUUCUGUGUGUUUGUGUGUAUACAGUCUGAUAUGCUGCCAUAUUGUAACCCCGCACAAUAAACUUAUUUAAAUUAUCUUACUGAAUCUGGCUUCUUGGCAUUUUUAACUUAUUAGCUAUUUCAGGAAGUUAGUACCCCUUUUAAGUUAAUUGAUUAAUUUAACAACUUGUAAAUAACUAUAAAAUCCUGCUUUGGGUACAAUAAAUUGUUGUUGUUGUUGUAGUUUAAGGUUGUCGCCCAUAAAUAUUAGGGAGCUUAAACAACUACGACGACGGCGACGGCGACGGCGACAACUUCAAAAAACAGGUUUAAUGAUCAAAACAACAGCUCUGCAUGUGCCUCACGCUUUUAGUACAUUUCUUUGACGUCCACUGCACGACUACGACGUGAAGCCUCCUAAAUUUACGUUUUAUGGAGGACGUGGACAUACGACGACGAAUUUUCCUUCCUCUUUUUGAACUUGAAUAAAAUCCUUAAGAAUUCAUCUUCAGGAAAAGUCUCCUGCAUUAACAUUUUGAGCGGGUGCAAAUAGACCCGAUUAAGUUGAAAGAACGCAAAUUCCUUUUUUUUAGCGACGUUUCCACUGCCGUCAUCGUCGUCGUUGCUUAAGGUCCCUGUUAACGGUUAGAAAGGCAAGCAAAAUUAAUAAUGCUAAACUCAAAUGUAUUGUUUUAAAUUUUCCUGCAGCCUCUACACAAUUUCCAACAUCUUCUGUUUCGCCUCCUGUAUAUGGUAAGAAUAAAGGGCAAGGCUUUCUAACGGUUUACGAAGAGAUGAGCUCGCGACAAAUUAGAGAAACCCGGGCUAGUGACCCGGGGAGGGAUUUGAAUCUGGGGACACCAAACUGAAAUCCAGCCUCACUAAAUGCUGAGCAUGUUUAUGCUUGUUUCUCAGCACAUACAUUAGUGUUUGUCCCGUCCAAAAUUUUGCAAAACCUUAAUGUUUUUUAUCUCUCCUCGUUUUACAGUCGCCCCAAGCCGAGAAGUUGAAAACAAUGCUUAUGCAAAAUUUAGGGCGGCGGAGACAUGGGAGAUGCGCUAGUGGCGAACAACUAUGUUUAAAGCAAAAAUAUCAACUCAUGGCUACUAGUUGGCAAUCAGUAAAACAAUAAAACUCAUGCAAAGGCCAAUUAAAAGCCUUUAUCUCACGCCGGGCAGUAAGUUUAUGGUCCCUGGAAGCAUUGACGAGUCUAAAUUUAAAAUGACGCAAAUUUUAGGACAUAUUCAGUAAUCUGACUUCGUGAAGUUUCAAUCCGGCGUCAUUUCAGUCUAGAAUUUUUUUAGUCGAGUAAACUGCAGUGAAGAGUGCCUGAUUAAGGCUUACAUAACAACUUAAAUGUUUGACAAAACACUAUAUAUUUCGCGAACCGAUAAACGACAGGAUUUCGCAUAUAGACAACAAAAUGGAUGAAGCAUAGUACACACACCUUCUUAUUUGCAAAAACCAGCCUAUGGUUCAGUGCCAUUACAGCCCGCUGAAACUAGAGCUAUCCACUUCCGAGUUCCAAAAACCCUCACUUUCAAAAUGAGGCUAGGUGCACAACCUUUCUUGUGAAAAUGAGUUUUAUUUCCAUGAGAAUGAAAAAUGAUUUCCAAAUCAAAGGUUGAGCACCUACCUUCGUUUUGAAACAGAGGCCCGGGGGAACUCGGAAAUGGCCUAUUAACCUACAACAAUAUAUCCUCGUGACAUUAUUGCACCUUUUAUAUUACUACAUGAGAAACUUCUCUAAUUUGAUUGGCUUAGAGCAGUGGCAUUUCAGCUUAAUUUGAAAUACCUACAUGUGAAAGUUACAAAUCUUUUGCGGGUAGUGGUAUAAACAAAUAAUAGCAUGAUUUGUACGUGAUAAUUGGCAUAAAUACCACUCGUGAUAUUUCAAAAUUGUCUCAAAUUUCACUCGCCUAGCGGCUCGUGAAAUUACGUAUAUUAAUUUUGAAAUAUCACUCAAGGUAUUUAUGCCAAAUAUCACUACUAAUCAUACUAUUACCUAUACUAAUGCAUUGUUAGUUGGUGUUUUUUGUUCCUCCAGCCCUAUCAACGAGUCCAUUCACUAGUUAAGUUUACUUAUUUUUCAUUGCACUCACUACAUAUCUUCUCAUUGGCUGAGAGACUACCGUUAGUUAAUUUUGAAACUUAUCAUCGCAGUCCACAGAUUAGUGAGUUAUCUGGCCUCAUUUGUAUAGGUUGUCCUCGAAAUGCAUGAUUUCCAAACCAAACGUGCAAUGUCAAAAUGUGUUCCGUGCCACGGUGUGUUUUUCAAAACAGUUAUAGUUGUUGGAUUCGGUUUUUGUGAUAUUUGGAAUAAUCAAGGUCUCGGUAAAUGGUAUUAUCCGAGGCUGAUUAUUCUCACUACAAAAACUCAUCCAAUAAUUCAGUUUAUUAUGUUGGUCUGGCUGAGACCGCAUGAACAAAUAAAUUAAAAAUAGUUGUUGAGGAAAUAGUCAAACUAAAUUGAUUAACACAAAUAGUGUUUAAGCCUGUGGGUUCAGGUUGUGGCGAAUAAAUGAUAACAGUUGGACAGACAAGCAAAGUUGCUGAUGCCAAACUCAAAUGCAUUGGUUUAAAUUUAAUUACAGCCCAGUCUACGCGCUUUCCAACAUCUUGUGUCUCGCUUCGAGAGUGUUUAGGGUGCGUUUCUUUUCUAAAAUCCAACUCCGGACUUUAAUACGAAAACGGAUGUUUCGUUUCUUUACUAAAAUCCAAAACCGGAUUAUUGAUCCAAAUGAUCCUCAACGGAGGUGGAUUCUUUGGAUCAUAUCCAAAACCGGAUACUUUGGAUACAUGAUCGGAAGCGUUUCUUUAUUACGGAUCCGAAAAGAGUAAAUAUUGCCAGCGGUAACUCGAAAAAAUUUAAUACAUACAUCAGCUUUUUGACAAGACUGCAUAUCUUUACGGCCAUUUUUGAACGGGAGUAAUGGAUUAAACGAUUGAUUUUAUCCGUUCUAUCGGGGUGGUAAAAUCGCAAUACGAACAGGACCAGCAUUGUUCUGGUGACAAGGAAAAAACUGCUACACAACUUCACCGUCGCGCCUUGCAAGACAUACCUUAUUUCAAGACUCGUCUUCAUUUUGCCCGUCUAAACCUAAAGCUAACCAUCCAGAAACAAUGAAAGAUCGGCAAACUUGCUACCUUGUCAGCAGCCGUGUUAUUCUUUCUCCGGGACACCGUCGAUAUUGUGGAUCGUUUCUAUGGAAAUGAAUGAAAAAUAAUCCCUUCCUGGAUACAUCGUUUCUUUUCUCAACGAAAACUCCUAAUGAUCCGGAUUUUUGAUCUGAUCAGUGCGUUUUAGUAAGGAAACGCACCCUUAAUUUCGCGAGUUUGGCAAAACAUUUAAGACGGAAUCCCAUGAUCAGGAAAUUGAGUAGUUUUAAUUUUCACUCGACAAAUUUGACAUUUAUUCAAUUUUCUCGGGCUCCCAUGAGAAGUAGGCUUUAGUGUCACAGACAACUAAUUAUAUCUAUAGCCCUUGAAAAAUGUAAACAAAAGAAUGCAAUAUUGUGUAAAUUAUUCUGGUGCAAGGUUUUUGUCCACUGAAAAUUAAAAUUACUCAAUUUCCUAAUGGAUUUGGUCUUAAUGUAUUUCACGGUUUUUUCCCUGCGCAAUAUCAAUAGGAAAUAUGAAGAAAGGGAUUAAAUUUCGAGAGUCAAGCGUUCUCAACUUUAUUUUACUUUUCAAAAAGUCCGAACUUUUUGAAAUUUCUACAAUAACUGGAGCAAGUUAAUCGCAUGUUUUAAGAUUCUCCACAUCUAGAUUGUUACUUCAUUUGUGAAAUCCUUGCCUGAAUUAACUCUAUUUCACAACAAACAUAGAAAAUAGGUGCAAAAUUGAACUUACAAGUAAUAUGAACCAGUUAACAAUCUGAGAGCCUGGAACAGACUAAUGCAUAACUUGCGGUAGUGGCAAAUCUCUUUUAAAUUUAUUAUUAGCUUUUCUCCACGAGGAAAUAAUGGGACAGGAGGGUAAACGCACUUGGGAUAUGGGUUAUUUCACCAAAGUUAUUUUUAGACCAGUUCAACGCUUGAAAUUAAUCGGAAGUUGGUUUCUAAAGAGGUCCGCAAACUUUCAUUAAUUCAGUGUUGUCGAGAGAGAAUUCAACAGUCGCCAUUACAAUAUUGUGUGUAUUGUUUGAUUUGAGGCAGUCGCGUGUGGCUUGAUGAUGUUACAAACAAUAGAUUAAAAUGUGCGGACGUCUCGGGAAUUAAACUUCUGUUUAAUUGCAGUUACCUCUAAAAAUAACUUGAGUGAAAUUUAAAUAUCCCGGCCAACGCCCCAUGAUUCCCUCUUCUCUCUUGCUUUUUUUUGUUAAUAGAAUCUCUUAAAGGGUGGCAAUUUACUUCCCUAAAUUCAGUAAAUAAAACGUAACUCUUUUAUACAUCAGCUUUGAGAUUGGUUGGAGGAGGGUGGCCUGGAGAGGGCAGAGUUGAGAUCUAUUACCGAGGCAGCUGGGGAACUGUUUGUGACGAUGACUGGGAUAUAAAUGAUGCGCGAGUUGUCUGUCGUCAACUUGGGUAUUCUUCUGCUGUUAGUGCUCCACAAAGUGCCCGGUUCGGUCAAGGAAGUGGAAGGAUUUGGCUGGACAAUGUUCAGUGUCAGGGAAAUGAAAGUUCCAUUGGGAUUUGUAGGCACCUUCCAUGGGGUGUUCAUAACUGUUUUCACCGUGAGGAUGCAUCAGUGAUCUGCUCGAGUAAGUAUGAUAUCCAUAACUGGUGAGCAACUUAAUUGGCUAUUCAGCGAGCAUAUGGGAACGACCGAAGAGAUAAAACGCGGAAAACCCCAACUUUUAUGUCGAUCCAGGACGAUAAAAUUAGGCCUGUCCCGAUUGUGCUCGGCAACUUUUGAGCAACUUUCAGGGUUUGGAGCAACUUUUUGCGGUUCUAAUAACCUCGAGCAAUUUUAGCAUUUCUGGGCAAUUUUGAGCAAAAUAUAAGUUCAGAGCACAUACUAAGCUUAAAAAGUGAAAAAAAAAUUAAUUAAUGCAAUUUGUUCACGAUUGGGACAGGCCUAGAACAAAUUCAGCGCCCUAAGCCACCAGAAGCCACGUCGGCCAUAUUAAUUGCCUUCAUUUCAUGACUUAAACUUCAGUAGAAAAUCAUUAGCUGAUCACUGAUUAGGAUCUUUUCUUGUUUUAACAGACUAUUCAAUCCCUUUACCCUCUGCAAGUUCAGUCUCACCUACAGCAGGUAAUUGCAAGUUUGUGCAAUAAAACAUGCUUCACAGGUAUGACAAACUGUGUUCAGUGCAACGGUGUGUUUGUCGUCAUAAUUUAUAAUCUGAAAAAAAAAAAACAAUUACUGGAUUCGGUUUUUGUAAUAAACGGAGUAAUCAAGGAGUCGAAAAUUGGUAUUAGCCAAGGCUGAUUAUUCCGGAUAUUACAAAAACCGAAUCGGGCAAUAAUGGUUUAGUAAUCUGUUCCAAAAACGCACGAACAAAUUAAAACAAUAACUGGUUGAUAAUAGUCAAACGUUAUUGGGUAACACAAAUACUGAUAGAGACAGUGGUUUUAGAUUGUGGUGUAUAAAUGUUAAGGGUUAGACAGACAAACAAAGUUAGUGAUGCUAAACUCAAAUGCAAUGUUUUAAAAUUUAAUUGCAGCCUCUACACAAUUUCCAGUAUCUUCUGUUUCGCUUCCUGUAUAUGGUGGUAAGAAUAAGCAAAACUGCUUUUAUAAUAACUUACUCGAUGGGCUCCUGCUUACUCUUAUUGUAAAGUAGUUUUAAACGUUAACAAGACGCUACGGAGCGUACACUUCGGCGCCGUGAUUGCGGAACUGAUUAAUUGCAAAUGCGGAGGAAUAGUAAGAAAUGAAAUAUAGUAAGAGUAAGGAGUUAAUUUGUGAAAUUAUGGGAUUUGUCAGGAUGUUCUGAAAAAAGCAACAUCCAAGAGGCCUACUUGCCAAAAACUAGCAUUUCGGGACAAAUUGUCUCUGAGAUACUAGCCCAGUUAUGCUCAGAUGACUCCAUAAAAAUCCUUCUAAAUUUGACUUAAGUCUAAACGUUUAGACCCAAGUCAAAUAUGAGGUUACUGGCGGUGAAUAACAAGUCUAACAAAACAAACAGAGAAAAAAUAAUUCUCUAUUUUUCUUAGUCAAAUCAGGCUUCAAAAACAGCAUAGCAGUCUAGAUCUCAUGUACUAAUUAAAGAUAUGUAAGGCAUGGGUAAGGAGUCAAUUACGUUGAGCAUGGAAUUGGCUAAAACUCAAUGUUACGGGUUCGAAGGUUUUGAGAACAAUUAUUCACUGACUAUCAGCACGCAGGGAUGUCGGAUUAACUCAAGGAAGUUUAAUACCAAAGGAAAAUAGCCUUUACAGAGCUUUAAAACACAGCAUCCGCCAACACAAACUUGACUUGAACUUAAGUAGAACUAAACAGCCUCUGCCAAUAAUAACAAACUCUCACUAGAACCGCAGAUAUCUUACGGCUUCCGCCAACUUGUAAACACAGAACUUGAAAAUCGAACUUCGUCACACUUGACUAAACACAGCAGUCCAGCUCGUGGGAAAAAAACUUCGUUCGUCAAAAGAACUCGCUUGGAACUUGUAUACCGUUUAACAUAAGGUUCUAGAAAAUACUAAACAGGCGAGUAGUAGUAGCUUUUCGACAUAUUUUACGAUUUCAGUAACUGAUGCAAAUCUGCUGACUCAUGCUGAAAUGUAAACAUGUCCUAAUUAAUUUUUCAUGAAUAAUCCGAAAACGUAGAGAGCGUUCGAGAAAGUCACGCAACGCAUGACAGCAAUUUUACUACGUAACACUCAACAAAGACAAAAUGUCUUUGUGUAGCAUUUUGUAACUUUAAAUUCAUCAUAAAACAGUUCGAAAGGAGGUCUCACUCGUGAAAUGUUCUUCAACACUCGUGGAGAAAUUUCGUUUCUCUACGCGGCCACGUAAUAUCCUCUAUUUAUUCCUCGAGUAAAUUAAAGACUUAACUCGAAGUGAACUCAAGAUAUCAAGAUAUACUCAAGAUAUCACGAAGUAGUCCGGUCUCAUUUCGUGAAAUAGCCGAAACAACCAGAAAAGUCACGAACUUGCACGCCCAAUUUUGUCCCGAUACUGGUCCAUCAUUUCAUAACUAUUUUUCACAGCUCGAACAACCCUGGGUCGCAGUAGCGCAAUCGGCUAAUCCUCAACUUAGAGUCUCCUCUGAUCUGACGGGUCACACAGGUGUGUCGGUUCAAACCCCGGGAAAGCGAAAAUAAUAAUAGUCCUUCUUCCUCGAAAAAGUUAAAGAAUAAUUCAACGAAAUCGAAGUAAUCUCGAGAUAUCUCGAACUAAUUCGGCUCUCACUUCGUCAAAUAGCCGAAUAAAACCGAAAACCUACAAACUUUGGGUGCCCAAUCUUGCCAAAAAAUGGCAACUUUGAUACAUUCCUGAGCGUCGCGAAUCCUUUACUUCGCGCUCCGCCUAAGUAACAAGAACGGAAAGAUGACCUGGCGACAACUAAGAACAACCUCAACUAGUGACCCGAAGAGGGACUUGAAGCUGGGUAGACUGAGAUGAAAUCGAGCUUCACCGUUAACACACGAAGCAUUUUCACCUUUAAUAUGUAUCGCGCCACAAAGUGCUUCACAAAAUGGCUUGAUUUGAUUUGGCCGUGUAUGUAUAACUGAAACAUUUAUAGAGAUUACCGACCCAGUAGCUUAUAUUUAGUCAUGAACGUCUUUAUGGGACUUUCUCUCAUUUGACCUACGGUGCAUUAAGGUAAUUAGAAGCAAAAAUAUACCUAUCCAUAAACUUGAAGGGCGUAAAUUUACUUCCCAGUAAACUCAGUAAAUAAAACGCAACUAUUUAUGCGUCAGGUUUGAGAUUGGUUGGAGGAAAUUGGUCCGGAGAGGGCAGAGUGGAAAUCUAUUACAGAGGUAGCUGGGGAACUGUUUGCGACGAUUUGUGGGAUAUAAAUGAUGCGCGAGUUGUCUGUCGUCAACUUGGGUAUCCUUCUGCUGUCAGUGCUCCACACAGGGCAUUUUUUGGCCAAGGAAGUGGAAGGAUUUGGCUGGACAAUGUUCAAUGUCAGGGAAAUGAAAGUUCCAUUGUGAAUUGUCGGCACCCUUCAUGGGGUGUUCAUGACUGUGGUCACAGUGAGGAUGCAUCUGUGGUCUGCUCGAGUAAGUAUGAUAUUUAUUUAUGGUGAACAACUUAAUUGGCUAUUCACCGAACAUGGAACGACCGAAGUAGUUAAAACUAGGCCUGUCCUGAUUGUGCUCUGAACCCUUUGAGCAAUUUUUUGCAGAUUCUAACAACCUUGAGCAAUUUUUAGCCGUUCUGGACAGUUUUGAGAAAAAUAUAAGUUUAGAGCACCUAUCAAGCACGAAAAAGUGAAAAAAGCCACGUCGGCCUUCAGUUCCACUCUUUGACUUCAGUAGAGAAUCAUAAGCUGAUCACUGAUGAGGAUUUGUUCUUGUUUUAACAGACUAUUCAAUCCCUUUACCCUCUGCAAGUUCAGUCUCACCUACAGCAGGUAAUUGCAACUUUGUGCAAUAAAACGUGCCUUUCAGGUACAUUUAGAAUUGCAGAUCAUUUUGUGAGAAGACGCUUUUUGUAAGUGAAACCAUGACGAAGAAAAAAAAGUUGGUGUUAAAAUUAUUCUUUGCUGAAACCUAGCGAAUAAUAGGAAAACGGAAGCACAAGUAACUUUAACAUGUGCAGUCGGCCUGUCUAACCUAAGAUUAUUAAAUAUCAAACCAAUGACUCUCCUGUUAACUUUUCGUUUGUAACAUGAUAUUGGUCUAUUUUCCCUAUAUGAGCGUUGGAUUUCAUUUGCAGAUGCAGGUGAAGAAUGAACCAGUAGGAAUUUAAGGCUUCAAGGUUUAGAGUUACUGGACCUUUUAGCUUAGUCACACUCCAAAAUAUGCUAAUAACACGCUUGUGCGUAUUAAACUAAGUUUAUGGUAUUAAAUACAAAAUGUUAAUUCAGUUCUACUUUCUCUAAUUUCUUCAGGAAUGUCCACCGGUUGGCCUUCAGCAUCGAGUGAGUAAAAUCAUUGUGGAGUCCCACGCGCGCGAGCAAAGCAAAUUUGGUUCGGUGCGGUACAGUCGUCAGUCCAUCAACCCGUCCGCCCACACCACAGAGCAACAAUGUGACAUCUCACACUUUCUCGCUAGUGUGAGAGCCUGCAACCUGAUAUUGUACAUCCGUGUUGUGGUCAAUUGACUGCUGUCAAAACAGAGUAUCAACUGACCAGUAUCAUAGGACCUUUUCGCGGGCAGAGGUGUCGACCCAUCGAGGUUACGUGUUCUUAUGAAGUUAUCCGCUAACAAGUUACGAGUAUUCAUUUCCAAGUGCAAGAGCUUUGCCUUUAGCCUUGGUUAAAUCUAUAUAUUACAAAUCAUCAGUAAGGCGGCCGAAAAGAAAACAAUGCUGAUCAAACGGAGAAAGGAUGCUUAUACACUUGAGUAUUCCUUCUUCUCCUUCGUUAGCUAUAUAUAUAUAUAUAAAACAACUUUCUAACAAACAUAUAUUUGGUGAAGAUUAUUUCUUGCUGGAAGUUAAGGAAUAACACCCCCCCCUCCUGUCGCCCACGGCGACAUUUAUAUGCCGGUUUAUCUCACCACAUUGCAAUUAACAGUGGGAUUUUCCAAUGUUCAUCCACCAAUUAUUCUCGUGUUUACGUUUCUAACAUAAAAGGUGCAUCUUCCCUUCAUAACAAUAACAACGCUGGGUUUAAUUUCACGCGGUUGCAGGCGAAGUAGCAAAUAAAAGCGUCUGGAUUUAAGGGUUAGAGCUCGAGUUACAGGACCUUUAGCUUAGCUACAUCCCAAAAACCUGCGAAUUAAUCUCUUCAAUGCCCUAUUCACACGCCUGUGCCAUUACAAUUAGGUCACUGUUUUAAAUUAGCAAUUUUUAAUUCAGCUCUACCUUAUCUAUUUUUUUUUUCAGCAAUGCCCACCUUUUGGCCUUCACCAUGGAGUAAGUAAAAUCAAUCGUUAUUUUUAAGCAAGGCAUCAGAUUAUUUUAACAACGAUGGAACUCUAAACUUUUUGUCUUAUUUGACCAGGAACAUCGGGUACACAGUGUCCUUCCAUAACAAGUUGGUGGUACCCUUCGGAUAUGGAAACAAGAGAUCUUUGUCCGUGUUUCCGUUCAAACUCAUUAUUCUCCUAUUUACGUUUCAAAUGUAUCUCAUUAACUUAGCUACACCCAAAACCCUGCGAAUUAAACCUUGUGCUAAUAACACGUUUUUGCUUAUAUUACAAUUAGUUUAUAGUAUUAUGCACAAAAUUUUAAUUCAUUUCUACUUUUUCGAAUUUUUUUUAGCAAUGGCCACCCCUCGGCCUUCACCAACGAGUAAGUAUCUAAAACUCAUACAAAUUAUUGGUCAAGCAGAAAAAAGAAUAAUGCUCUGACAGAUCUAGAGUGCCUUGUGUAUUAUGUUAGGAAUGUGAAGCAAUUAUGAAAACGAAGACAGCGAAAAUGACGCAAAAAAAGGCUCCCCAAGCUAAGCUAAGAGCACCCUUUGCAAGCUUAAGCUAAGAAUGUUACGUGAAUCACUAAAAACAGGAUUCUAACGUCAUAUGACGUCACAGAACCUCCAUUUUAAAUUUUGAUCUCCUCAGAUACCCAGUUAACAACAAUGUCAACAUACUGAAAUAUUUAUUUUAGCAUUUUAUUCUUAAAAUAAUACAUUUGAGAGAUAAGUUAUGCCUGUAAUUAGUAAGGCUCGGGAAAUUAUUAGGAUUUGGACAAAACGCGCGUGAAAUUAUUCCCUAAUUUCACUCGUCACCAUUUGAUUACACAUACUUAAUAUCAUGGGUGACGAAUUAUGUUAGCAAUCUUGGAUUUUUGACAUGUUUAUCCUGGAUCGUAUCGAUCGAGAACUCCACUCUCUCAAAUGUUUAGACCUUAAAUUUGGCUUAUAAAGUUCAGAAUUUUUCAGACUAUUGCGGCAAAAUACCUGUUAGAAUCCUUCUUGAUGUUCUCUUGUGUGUUCAGGUUUUCUAAAGCGUCUUUUUGUGCCCUGACAUCUUCAUUCACGGCAUUUUAAAACUUCGUCGCCAUCUUGACACUGAGAUGUAGGGAAGGUUGCCAUGGCAAUUUUGGUAAUUUCACAUGUGAAAUUACAAAUAAACGCUGAAAUUUCGCGCCAAAAUUAAGGAGUAAUUCGUCACCUAUGAUAUUAAGGUGAUAAUUACAAGGGACGAUUUACAACGACGAUUUCAUGGAUUCGUGAUUUUUUUCUUGUUUAUCACUCUUUUACUCGUAGGACCCAGGUUUGCCUUUACUAUUUCAUGCUUCCCCUCUGCCAUGGUGGCUUACAUAGCACGUGACAGUUUGCCCUUGGGAUCGGAUCCACGUCUACUUCAUCUUAACAAUCCCAGCUGUGGAGUGAAUUAUGUGACCAAGAAGAGUGUUAUAAUAAAGGCUCCUCUAAAAGGCUGUGGAACAGUUCGAAGGUAAAAAUACACCCUGAAAAGAGAUCACUAAUUUAGAUCUGUAAUAUAAAUUUGCUUCAAGUCUCAGCACUCCUUGGUUCCUAUCAAAUACAUAAUGUAUUUUAAACGUAUUCUUGACAUUAAACCCUACGCAUGCACCAAAAGUCCCAUUAAAGCCUGAUUAACCGGUUUGUACUAGGCAAAGACUAAAGUAAGUACGAUUGAAUUUUUAAUAUGUCUAAAGUAUGAUGAUCUUUGCCUGGUUAGCCUGGUCUUCCUUAAGGCUUUCCAGGUGUAGACCUGGUUAAAUCCCUCACCUGAAGGCUAGUAUUUAUAUAAGCAUGGUAAACUUCGUUGUUUCAAGGUAAAUAAAUAUUUAAUCGUUUGAUUUGAUACUAUUUCUAAGUAAGAGGGGCCAGCCUGAACAAUAUCAGCACAAAAACGUGCCUAACAUGAGGUUUAAAUUUGAUAAAGAGCAACAUGGCGAGGCCUGAGUUGAAUAAUUUGCCGACUCAGUUUUCUGAGAACUUUAGAUUGUUCGGAGAUGUAUGUUUUUCGGUUUAUUAGAUAAAUAUAUAUUUUCUUUUAUUCACCAAUUUUUUCAUUUUUUUGAAUGGCCUAGAAGCCAUAGGAUCAUUUAUUGCUUUUUAUCAGGCAAGGUCUGCACAAAAAGUAUUUCAAGAGCUUUAACUGAGUGGGCAAAUCAAUCGUUAUUUUUAAGCAAGGCAUCAGAUUAUUUUAACAACGAUGGAACUCUGAACUUUUUGUCUUAUUUGAACAGGAACAUCGGGUACAAAGUGUCCUUCCAUAACAAGUUGGUGGUACCCUUCGGAUAUGGAAACAAGAGAUCUUUGUCCGUGUUUCCGUUCGAGUGUGUUUACAGUCAUUUUGGCUUUCCUUGAGAAAGUGUUUUAAGCUACUCCAUAAUAGUGGCUAUGGUAAGAAAGGAUGGCUACAUUGUUUUUUUUUUUUUGCCAUGAUUAUUUAUGAAUAAGUGAAUGAAACAAACAGUUAAGAUCGGUUUUAAAAUUGAGAAUUAUGUUUAUGGUUGGAAAACUUCCAUUGCUUGCAUUCAAUACAGACACUGUGAUUUCAGUAAAAAUGUAAUAUAUAGAUUUAUCCAGGGCUAAAAGCGAAGCUCUCGUUGAUAUCUAUAGUUUACUGAAACAAAAUGUGAAAUCGUGUAAUGCUAACCAAGCGGCGACGGCAACACAAAUAGCAAAAAAAGCAGCAGUAGGUCGAAUUAGAACAAAAAACAACUUUGCACGUGCAGCACACUUUUUUUUGUUCCUUUUUGUUGUAAUUUCUGCUGAAGAUGGGCUGCACUGCCCUUUGCAGAACAGACCUUUAGAUUAAGAUUCUAGAAACUUCUUGGUUACACGUUUCAGGGAAGAAAUGUCGUACGUGUUCUUGUUCAUUUGUUUUUUCACUGCCGCGCCGCUCAUUUUCACCUUUGUGGCCGCUAGCAUUUCUUAGUUUCCCACCGCCGCUACAAAAUUUUCAUGUUGUUCUUUUAACAAAAAAAAUGUCUCCUUUGUCUUUUAUCUCUCGCUCUAGCGAUCUGUCGCUCUUUUUCUCGUUGAGUUUCGCUGGCCUGUCGCCAGCUUUCUCUUUUUUCUCUCUCUCUGUUUUUCUCUGUAUUCCAAAUUUUUGGACAUAACAAUUAAUCUAAGCUUAAUAUUUUAGACAACACGGAUAAAGAAACAAUUUCCGCUUUCCGGUUUCGUCUUUAUUGACUCUUUAGUUGUCUGUCUCUGCUUCACAAGACGCGGGUGGCUAUACGAUUUCCGGCCAAAAUAACCUGAAGUUGCCAUACCUGUAUGUUGAUUGAGUUAUUUUACAUUGGUAUACUUGUCGUGCGGACGGACGGUCGGUCGGACGGUCGGUCGGACGGUCGGUCGGUCGGGUAUACGGUCACGUGACUACCAAAAUUUCUCGGAUGCAUAGGUUACCAAAUCUUGUUACCCAUAAUGCUCCGCUUCGCUACUAAGCGAGGUUAUUACAGAAAUGAUUUUAACGAUUAGGACUGAUGAACACAACAGUUACCGUGACAAUCAAAUCUGUUUUUCCUUUUUCCGCAGGUUUUGACGAUAUGUAACUACAGCAGUCAAUAAAGCAACCUUCAAGAGACCAAGAGGCCAUUUCCGAGUUUCCCCAAACUUCUGUUUCAAAGCGAGCAGAAGCGCGAGGCUCAUGAUAUGAAAAUGAUUUUUUGUUCUUCUGCAAAUAAAACUCAUUUACACAAGAAAGGUUUUGGACUUAACCUCGUUUUGAAAGUGAGAGUUUCUGGAUUUCGGGAAUGACCUAUUUUAACUGAUAAUUGUUUUUUCAGUAUUAAAAAGGGUAGCAGUCGUAUCAUUGUAACUCUUAGGAGCUCUUUCAGUUCUUAACUUCAGUAUCGAUAGUUUUCCAACUGAAGAGAUGCAAUAAAUAAUGUCAUUGUGAUAAAGUAACUUUGCAACGCAUGAUUUACUCUGCCGCCUCGGCCCGUAUAAUACAGAUCUAAAGAUGCACCAUUUCUGUGUACGGGUACGGGUAAAUUACAUACCCGUAAGCGUAGUCGUAAAUACGGGUAGAUAACCUCUUACCCCCGGAGAAACGGGUAGGCUACCAGGUAGAACUGUAACGCCAUUAUCACAGCUGGAAAAUAAUGUUCGCCUUUUAUAUAACUACGUAGCAAACAUAUUCGCCUACCCAUACCCGUAGGCAGAAACAGUGUAUCUUAAGGUCAGUACUAGUAGCUGCCUUUACCCUGUAGCAGUUCCACUGGUGAUAUUAAAAUGUCAUUUUGCUUUCCAUGACGUCAACUUUUCUCUUAAACAAUCUAUCUAAUAUUCACACUGAGAUAAAUAAUACAGCCAGACAUAAGAACAUAUUCAUUGUUUUGAUUUCAAACACGGG